CGCCGACCGCAGCUUUACCUUUUUCGUGCAAUUCGUAUCCCUGUUUUCUUAAAUCUCUUUCAUUUAACCCUAAUUCCCAAAUUCAAUAUCGAUUCGCUACCAACUCUCCGGAUUUAUCACGGAUUCUUUCGAUUCUCGUCUUCGGCUAUAGAUCGAGCUAUUUUUCAAAGCCUGCCGUUGUGUCAAUCGAUUUCUAGGUUAGGGUUUCAAUUUUUUGUUGUCUUUUCAUCAGAUCUGUUAGAUCUAUCAUCCCUUUCGGUGAAUCAACCGGUUUCCCCUUGCAGAUAGUUUUGUAUUUGUCCUAUUUUUCCAGAUCUUGAUAUUUUUGUAUUCUCGAUCCAUCUAGAGGUUGAGAAUCGACUCUUCGUUUCUUAUUCAGCCGUUCGAUUUGUUUUGUAUUAAAUUCAUUAAACCGUAGUGUCUCGUAUAUAUGAUUUGUUCAAAUUCCCGUACUUUGUGAAAUUGGGGAUCUAGGGUUAGGGUUUCUUUGUAAGUUUAAAAAUUUAUUAUAAUCGAUCGAUUAUUUUUACUUCAAAUUAGGAAUCUUGCGUAACGUUCUCCUAUUCAGCCUGUGAGCUUCCGUAAAAAUAAAGACAGCUACUGUUUCAACUACAUACGAAUUUACUUGAGAGUUAAAACAUGGUGCAAAAACGACAUUUAGCAGAAAAGGAGUAUGAUGUUUCACCCAAACACUUGAAGUUGGAACAUAGUUGUGAAUUACUUCCGUUUUUGCAAUUUACUAAAGAAGAUGCACCCUUUUCAUCAGAUAAAGAUGAGGCUUGCUUCUUUAAACCAAUUAUUGAAGUUGACUAUGGAUUUCUAAGUGACAAAUUCACUGAUCAUGAUCCUGACACCACCACCAAAUAUUACGAUUAUACCCUUCCACAUCGCCUUUCCACCUCAUCAUCAUCAAGCAUCACCACAAGUGAAGAAGACUUAAAGUCAGAGCAACCACAAAGAUUGUUAAUUCAGAAAGAAAACAAAUAUUCUUACCUUUUACAACACCCCCCUCUAAAAAAAACCCCAAUUGGACCUCAAUAUCAAGCUGAAAUUCCCGAUUGUUAUGAACUCAAUCCACAACAUGAUGACAAUGAGAUUAAAUUCAUCGGAUCUUGUGUCAUCCAAAUGCCUAAAUCUUUAACUUCACAUGACAAAACUGUUGGAAGAGGAAGAACCGACUGUUUCUGUAAAAACACCGGGUCCUUCAAAUGCAUCCAACAACAUAUUAAGGAAGCAAGGGAGACACUAAAGGGUACAAUUGGAAACAAAAAGUUUGAAGAUUUAGGGUUUGGUAACAUGGGAGAAUCAGUUGCUAAUAAAUGGAGUGAAGAAGAUGAACAUUUGUUUCAUGAUGUUGUGUAUUCGAAUCCCGUGUCAUUCGGUAAAAACUUCUGGAAUCAUCUUUCAGAAGUAUUCCCUUCACGUUCAAUUCAUGAGAUUGUUAGCUACUAUUUCAAUGUGUUUAUGUUGCGAAUAAGAGCAGAGCAGAAUAGAUUUGAUCCAAUGAAUGCUGAUAGUGAUGAUGAUGAAUGGCAAGGGAGUGAUGAAUCAGAGGAAACAGACAGAUGUGAUUCCGGUGAACGUCGGAAUGGAAUUGAGGAUUCUGUUGUCGAUGAGUUUUUUGAACCCUCGGAUCAUAGAGUGUGGGAUGUUGGUUAUUUUUCAUGUUCAAGAACUAAAAGUGAUUUCUUGCCAACUGGAAGUAUGAUUGAAGAGGUGUUUGGUGUGGAAUCUUGGAACUUUGAUGAUGACAAAAACUCAAACUAGUAGAAGACUCGAGUAAAAGCAUGUCCAAUUUUUUGUUGUACAUUUACCUUAUUACCCUUGGUUAGCAUUUGAGAGGUUAACUUAUAGGGUUUCGCCCAUCUGUUUACAAAUUGUGGGAUGAAUUUGUUGUAUAAGAAGAUAGUAAAUAGUGGGGAAAAUGAAAAUUGAGAGUCAAGAUUUCAGUGAGAAUUUGUAACAGGCGAAUACUUAAUGGAAGUUUGUUUGACUCA